AUGCCACCCAAUAAUAUGUUCGAACAGGAUAGGUUGGAAACCUUCAGUGAGGCCACUGUUGGUAAGAAGAUCAUUGAAAAAAUCUCUUGGCCCUAUGAAAAACCAAGCGCAAAAGAGUUGGCCAGGUUUGGAUUUUAUUUUGCGCCUACAAAAACUAAGAAGGAUCAAGUGGUUUGCACUUGCUGUCAUAAAAGGGAUUGGAAUUGGAAGAAGGCUGAUAAUAUUGCAGAGUUUCAUCUUUUUAUGAGUCCAAAGUGUGGGUUUGCGUUAUUUCAUAAAGCUUGGUCAGACAGAGAUGCCUUUACUGGUUCAGCGAUGGAUCUAUCUUACGUGAAAAAAAAUAACAUCAAUACCACAACCACAAAAAGCCACGGUUAUGAUUGGUCUUCUGUUCCAUUUUUCUCAAAACCUACCUCCAAGGAAUGUCACAAGAUCAGAAAACAAUUUUUCCAGUCUUGGACCAAAGAAUCCCCAUCAGCUUCAGAAAUGAUCAAUGCCGGCUUUUACAAUUUCCCAAUGCCUGAAAGCCCUGACACUGCUAUUUGUUUAUAUUGCAAAAUAUCUCUUGAGGAUUGGCAAGCUGGAGAUGAUCCUGCGGCAGAGCAUAGAAGGUUGUCGCCAAAUUGUUAUUUCUUUGAAUCUCUGGGAAAACUGAAUGCAGUAACCUCUCCCACUGUGAGCUCAGUAAUUGGGAAAACUUCCACCAUUAAUACCACCACGGUCACUAGAUCAUCUAAAAAAAGAUCUAGUCCGGUACAGGAGCUAAAUGAUGGAAGAUCAUUCGACAGCGGGGCGCUUAUUGCUUCGAAGUCAGCUAACCUCAACAAAAAAAUUAAACGCGUUGCUUCUAACAACUCGCAUAUUUCGCAAAAAUCUAAGCUGUUAAGGAAACUAUUGGAUGAUACCCUGAGCGAAUCAUUGAAGUUCUUGGCCAAUUUUGCUGAUGCAAAUAAAGAAAAUAGAAGAAGUGAAGAUUUUGAAGAUUUGGUAAGUUUCGAUAAGUCCAUAAGGAGAUUCAAAGGUCUACAAAAAUAUAAUUCAAGUUUGAAUAGCGACAAGGAAAAGUCGUCUAAUAGUCUCAAAUCGUUAUCCUCGAAAAAGUCAUCAAAAAAGCCGAAGACAAAGGUGAGACUUUUGUUCAAGAGUGAUGAGGAAGCUGAAUCUGUAAAAAAGGAAACGCGCACGAAAUCAAAGGGAGUUGAGAAGAAAAAAAAUUCGAAGAAGGAUAUAGAUCUUAAUAAAGAUAGUGACCAUGAUGGCACACUCGAUAAGAAAAGCGAACUUCAAAGUUUAGGGGUGCUCAGUGAAUCUAGCAGAAACUAUUUGACAGAGAAGCAAAAUGCUGCUCAAAAACACGUUUCGGAGAGGUAUGAGGAACCUUUGAAACCGAAUACCAUGAGAGAUCCCGAAAACGACCCUCUAUCUCAUCAUGGCAAUGAGGAAUCAGACCAUCAGCCGAUGAAUAUUGAAGAUCAAGAUAAUCUUGACGAAGGUUACGCUGAUUAUGCUGAUUAUUCUGAUGAUCAAGUCGUGCAACCGAGUUUUGAAGAGCCUAAUGUCAAAGUUAUUGAUGUUUCAUCAGAUUUUGAAAAUGAAAAUAUGGAAAUAAAAAAAUUGGCUGACCUUAAACAACCAUUGGAAAAUGUUACAGAUCAGGCUGAUGAUUCUGAUCUGGAUCCAGAUGACAUCAUUGAUGACUCUGCUUUAAUUUCUCCGGAUAAAAAGGACCCCUCAUUAUAUUCAAGUAGCACUCCUAUCGCUAUUUCUAAAACCAAUUUCGACGCUUUUAAACCUCUUGAUUUGGAUAAACCCUUGAACUCCUCCAAUUUGCGUUUUAAUGAGCUCUCGGGAAAUAUUGUCACAAAUCCAGUACAAGAGCCAAUUUCAAUUCAUAAACCACAAGACGUAUCGUUCAUAGAAAAUCACAAGACACAAUCAAAGGAACGUUCAAAAUUAGAUUACAGGGAAUAUUCAUUCAAUCCCGUGAACUAUGAUGAUUCAGACUUUGACGUUAGUGUAUCUGUUUGUGAAAGGGGUGAUGAUGAGGUGAACUUGGAAAAUGGUGAAACUCCUCUGAAAUCACAACCUCCUGCAGUUUUCACUCCUUUAUUUAAUCCUACUGCUGAAGGUACUGAAAUUGAAAUCAGCAAUUAUUCUACUCCUACUACCCCAUCACAGAAGGAAAUUCAACUUCGAGAUGUUGAUUGUAUUCCGUUUUGGGUUCCAAAGAAAAGAAGUGAUAUUUCUAAUAAGUAUGAGGAUCUUGAAAAGGCUAAUGAUUUCUUGAAAACUAUUGCAAAUUUAGAUUACCAAUUGAGCGAGGAUGUAGAAGGUAUCCUCACAGCAUUCAUUUCCCAAGUACCUGAAAAUGAAUUGAACAUGACUAUUGCUGAAUGGGUGAAGUACCAAACUGAACAAUGCAAAAAGCUAUUGAGAUUGAAAUGUGAAGCCAUGAUCAAUGAGUUUGAAGAAGGAUGUAUGCAAGCAAUUGAUUUUGCUAUGAAAAUGUGA